AUGGCCCUGUCAGUUCCGUGUCAGUUCCGCGUCGGCAUCGAGAUCGCCUGCCUGCUUCGCCUGGCAUUCGGCACCUUCGCGAUCCGCCUUCUACGCCACCGCUCACAAAGAGGCGUUCCAUCGGGAAGCGAUUCCCCCCUUCCCACGGGAGUGUCUAUCGGAGGGGCCCAACAGCCGCGCCUAAUUCGCCGCGACGGCGCCGGCUGGUCACACGGAUCCCUUCCCUUGGGUUCCUCUGGGCCGCCCUCCCCCUUGUCUCUGUCUCUGUCUCUGCCGCCGCCCGCAGCCUGGAUGGGGCUGAUCGUCGCUGUGACAAGGGAAGCGAGCGAGGGGGGCGAUAUUGUAGAGGCGCGCCCUUGCAACACCACCCUGCCGUGCUCCUCGAGCCCGGGCGGCGGCCUCGUGUGUCUCCAUCUCCCAACCGCGCACACCCUCCCCGAUUCGGGCAUCAAGUGCGAUGGGAAAAGCGACGCCCUUUGGCAAUCAUCUGCCUCAACUACGCUCCAUACCACCUUUGGGCAGAGCGCGCGAGACACAGGCCGCCCUCCCCCUCCCAUCCUUCUCGGCGUCACCAAGAACCACGAGAUGAGCACGUCCGCGAGAGAGGAGAGUGGGGCGGUGACAGAUGCCGAUGCGCCGGCCUACACCACUCAGCCAGCCCCUUCGCCUUGCCGGCGCCAGCCCCCCCUGGAGCCAGCCCCGGCACUAGCCUUGUUGGACGAGCUGACUAGCCCGCGUGCUUGGGAUGACGAAAGGCAGGCUCACUAUGACCCCUCGGGCCAGCGCCACCCAUACCGCAUCGUUUCUCUCGUGGGAGCAACAGCAUCACCAGAAAACUGCCGACCCAAAAGCGCCCCAUCGCCUACCAUGACACAGCAAAACGCAGGAAACUGGAGUGGCUACUACAGCCACGAAGUACCCAACCAUGAACACCUGCAAGCCUCGAAUGGCGACCUCGUGACGGCGCAGGACUGCGACAAUCCCGACUGCAGCAUGCGGACGAUCUACCAGGGACAGUACUACUGCGGGACGUGCGAGAACAGAAGGGUGGUCUGGGUCCCGUGCGGAUGCCCGCCCGACCCGUCGGUGCAGACCAUCGCCUCGUCCUUCCAGGGGUCCGCGCCCGGGGGCUCCUCGCAGGACCGGAGGAACGACAACGGCAGCAACGGCGACGGCGGCGGCGGCGGUGGUGGCGGCAAGGGCAAGGGCAAGGUCCGGCGCCAAGGCGGUAGCCACCGCGUCGGCAGCACCUGA